UCGUUCCAGCUGUCAAAUGGCAACAACUUCCACAGCAGUGAGUGUCGCGCGUGUUACGAGUGUUAUUCUACUUUGAAUUUUUGUUACUUCUUGACACAGAGUGAUAACAGGCACACCGCCAAAAUUGCAAUUUUGAGUUUUCCCAAUAAAUACAUUUUAUCGCCAGACCCAACCAUAAAGUACCUAUAAAUGAAACAUAUAUCUAGUAUUUAGAAAAGCUGUAAAACGUAUUUCCCUGCCGUAUUUCUGUAUUCAAAUUUCAGUGCCACGCCACUUGUAGCGCUGCUGUCAUUCUGUUUCAGGGCCUUGCAGUUCUGAUAUUUUGGUAUUGUGUGGUGGCAAGCCCGUAGCUGCAAGUGACAGACGUCAAGUGUUCAAUAAUUUUAAAAGGGCUAUGGAGCCAAUUACAUAGCCAUUCAAGCACAAUUUAGUAUUUAUGUGAAAGUCAACAGAUUUUGCCCCAAUUCUAGUUGCAUUUCCAUUUCAAUCUCCUAUUCAAAAUUUAUUACCACCAUUUUCCGCUGCGACUUUGUAUGUAAUAGACUAUGAACUACAGAUGGAGACGUGAGUACAAGAAACGGACUAAUGAAAAAUAAACUGUGUGUGUUACGAAACACAACAUGUUAAGUCAUACAUACAGUUUUAUCUCGAGAUAGAGAAUGAAGAAAUGAAAGAUUGAAGCUUGACACUAGUCUGAUAAUGGGUGCUCGACAACAUGUUUGUGUCGUUAAAUAGGUAUUUCUUUAACAGUUAAAUUAAAUAACGCCAAAAUUUUCUAUUGCAAAUAUAUUGUAAACAAUGCAACGUAGUUCCAGAGUUUUGUGCAAUCAGUAACAUAGUGCCUGGACUGAAGAGGAAAUCCCCUACGUAGUAGGAAAAAAAGACCUUUCAUGACUCAUUGUCCAGAGUGACGUUAUGGUCACGUUUUUGUAAUGCGCAGAGCGCUUUGUCGCGAGUCAGUGUAGUGGUAGUCUGCUUGCGGGAACGUUUGGCAAUCGGUGUGCUGGGUGUCUGCACGAAGAAACGUUUGGAAAUCGUGAUUGGACACCCUCCCAUCUCCGAGUAAUCCAGGCGCAGACUGCCCACCAACAUGUUGAAGACGGUUUUCAAUUUUCUUACGCUAACAGUUGCAUUGACAGUCACUCAGCAGUUGGAGAACGGUGGCAAGAUAUGGGCGUUACUUGCUGCCGGUUCCAAUGGUUACGACAACUACAGGCAUCAGGCUGAUGUGUGUCAUGCAUUCCAAAUCCUGCGCAAAAAUGGCAUCCCAGAAGAAAACAUUAUAGUUAUGAUGUAUGAUGAUGUUGCCAACAGUUCUGAAAAUCCAUGGAAGGGUGUUCUGAUCAAUGAACCAAAUGGAACAAAUGUGUAUGAAGGUGUUAAAAAGGACUAUACAGGAGACGAUGUUACUCCUGAAAAUUUCCUGAAAGUUCUCACUGGUGAUGCCGAAGGUAUGAAAGGAAUUGGAACAGGUCGUGUUAUACAAAGUGGCCCAAAUGACCACAUUUUUGUUAAUUUUGCAGACCAUGGUUCUGUAGGAUUCCUUGUUUUUCCUAAUGGGGAGCUGUAUGCUCAAGAUCUUGAGAAAGCAUUUUUGAAGUUGGUGGACAAUAAAAAAUUUUCAAAGAUGGUGGUGUAUAUAGAGGCUUGUGAAUCUGGAUCAAUGUUCGAACACUUGUUGCCUGAUAACGAGAACAUUUUUGUGGUUACUGCUGCUGACCCUCACGAAUCAUCCUAUGCAUGGUGCAUGUAUGGACCACUGAAUACAUUUCUUGGUGACGUCUUCAGUGUUAAUUGGAUGCAUGAUGUUGAACAGACAAAUCUUCUACAGGCCUCAUUACAUCACAUAUUUGAGGAGGUGCGCUAUGAGACAAAUACAAGCCAUGUUGAAGAGUAUGGCGAUUUGAAUUUAGGAUCUAUGCGUGCAGCUGAUUUUAUGGGUUUCACAGACCAUCAUAAACAACCAUCACCAUUGCCAUCUGAAGGAUGUGAGCAGAUGCUUAGGGUUCCAAGUCGCCACGUGCCAUUAGCAAUCCUGCAAAGCAAGCUGGAGCGUGCACAAAAUCGGGAAGAAAGAAAUAAUAUUAAGUUUCACAUUCAUCGCGUCGUAAAGAUGCGACGUGGCCUAGACCAAACUGUUCGAAAGAUCUUGAAGGUGGCUGCUGAAGGUGAUGUAACAAGUGUAGGGAGACUGGAAAGAACAAAGCAUUCAUUGACUAGAACAAACAUGCAUUGUUACAAACGUCUAGUUACAAAAUUUUCAGACAUGUGCUUCAAGCUCUCAGAGAAUCCAUAUGCACUUCAGCGUGUUCCUGUAUUCCUCAAUGUUUGUGAAGAACAGCACCCCUCAGAAGAAGCAGUGAUAAAUGCCAUGGAGCAUGUAUGUACAAGUAAAAUCAAGCUGACAGGUGUUGUGUAAGCAUAGCACAUCUGUAAGGCCAUGGCAGCACAUAAAUAGUAGUAUACUAGUGCUGUUAACUAAAUUUACUUACAGAUAUGCAUGUAAUUUUUACUGGUCAGUUUUCUGUGUGCGCUUACGUCAUCCAAUUUUUGUAUCAGAGUUUCUUGGAUUGAAGUGUGAAAUAUAUUUUAUUAAUUUGUUACUAGAAAGGUGUGCUUUUUGUAUGAAGUAAUAAAAAUUCAUACUGUUGUUGGCUCAGUUACUCAA